CACAACACAGCAGCAGAGUCCACAGAGACAGAGGAUCCCCGAUCCGAUGGCCCUCGGCGACGGCGCCACCCCGGCCCCGGUGCCCAACCUCUCCAUCUCCGGCGCCGCCCUCGCCGCGCUCCUCCACCGCUGCGCCGCCGCCGCCGGCGACUGCGACGGCCUCCUCUUCGGCCGCGCCUCCCACCUCCCCGCGCCGCCUGCCUCCCUCUCCGACUACGACGACCUACCGCCCGCCCCCGCGCUCUCCAUCUCCGUCUCGGGCCACUGCUCCCUCUCCCACCCCUCCUCCCUCUCCGAUCCCCUCGGCCGCUUCCAGGCCCCCUCCUCGGAUCCCUCCUCCGCCGUUGGCUUCUUCUCCUCCCGCCGCCGCACCGCGCUCCGCCCCUCCAUGCGCGAGCUCGCCCUCGCCAACUCCCUCUCCAAGACCAUAGAAGGCCGCACCAUCGCCCAUCCCCUCCUCUUCAUCCUCGUCUCCCCCUCCGCCUCCCCCAACUUCUCCACCCACUCCUACGACUACCGCGCCUUCCUCCUCCUCGGAUCCCGCCUCGUCCCGGCCUCCAUUAGCGUCGUCAACGUCGGCCCCGGCUUCAGGGACCAGUACCACGCCUUCUACCCAGAAUCUCCAAUGCCCUGCCUGCCGAUUCCUCAGCCUUCGUCGCCAGAGCCCACAGGUCAACGUCACACUCACACCAUUGGAGAGCAGAAGGCGGUGGAUGAAAUCGUGGACGGGUUUGGGAUCGGGAGGCUGCAAGGGGUCCUGGGCUCUGCAGCAGGGCAGGCGGCAGAGAUGGAUGACAUGUAUGCAGGGAUGCUCAGGAAGCUGGAGAAGCUCGCCAGGGAGGUGGAGCAGAGCAAUCUCCGUGUUCUCGAGCAGGAGAACCGGAACCUGCUGCUGAGGUAUAGAUACGCAGGAAUGCAAUAGGACCAAAGUGUUUUUGGUCUUAGCAUGGGCAUGCUCUAAGGUGUGUGAUAUCAGAGGGUUCUCCUUCAAUCUGGGACUUGGUAGUGUGCAUUGGGCUUGGCAUGCAUGGGUAGGGACUAGGGUGGGGGGAGUGUGGAGAGCAUGUGUUUGUGUGGAUGAUAGAGCAAGAUGGUGGUGUGAUUUAUGGAUGGGAGAAGGUUGGUUAAGUAAGUUUGAUGCAUGAAGCAUCAGCAUUACAUACCUACCGUGGUGUAAUGUAAUGCAAUCCUUGUUGGAGCCGAUUAGUCGUUGCUUUGCUUAUAUUAGAAAAAAAAAAGGAAAAGAGCUUUCGUUGCUCACUCCAUCCAUGUUAUGAUUCAAUGUACUUCUAGUUUAUUUUUCUUCUCA